CGGCGACACCUCUACCCAAACAAUCUCCAUCCACACGCUCGUUCCGAUCAAUUUCCCACGAAAGAACCGCCGAUUAACGCCCGUCGUCAUAUUGAGGAGGUGCGGUGCUGUUGGCGAGGGGUGUUGCCAUUUGCGGGCAGCCGCGUGCGUUCCGUCGGACCAGGCCGACCACAAAGGAUCCCGCCCUCGCCUUGUUCUUUCAUCUGUCGCCUGCCAGCAUCUCAACACUCGCUUCUGCUGACGGCGGCCGCCUCGAGUCCUCGUCCUCCCGCAUUCCUCACUCGUUCUUGUAGCAGGCCGUGGCGUCGCUCGACGGCCACGCCCAAAUCGCCAAGACGUCUUCACCACUUCUACGCGAUCUUCUUACCAUAA